GCGGAAGCCGAAGGAGCUUCGAAAAGGCGAAGCUGGACCGAUCAUCUGCUGCUCGGACGCGCUCGGAACCUCCUCUUGCGUCGCCUGCGGCUUCUUUGCGCUGCGAUCAUCAUCAUCAUCAUCAUCAUCAUCAUCAUCAUCAUCAUGGGGCUGCCGACGCUCGAGUUCAGCGACUCCUUCUUGGACAGUCCGGACUUCAGGGAGCGCCUCAAGUGCCACGAGAUCGAGCUCGAGCGCACGAACAAGUUCAUCAAGGAGCUCAUCAAGGACGGGAAUAUGCUCAUCACGGCGCUCAGAAAUCUUUCUGCAGCAGUACAGAAGUUCUCGCAGUCGCUUCAGGAGUUCCAGUUCGAAUGCAUUGGGGACGCAGAGACCGACGACGAGAUUAACAUAGCUCACUCUUUUAAGGAGUUCUCGCAGCUAUUAAACACGGUGGAAGAAGAGCGAAGAAGACUGAUACAGAAUGCAGACGAUGUCCUGAUCACACCGCUGGAGAAGUUUCGCAAAGAGCAAAUUGGUGCUGCUAAAGAAGGAAAGAAGAAAUUUGACAAGGAAACGGAAAAAUAUUACUCGUUCUUGGAGAAGCACUUAAAUUUGUCAUCUAAAAAGAAAGAGGCAUCUUUACAAGAGGCAGAUAUGCAGAUUGAUAAAGAAAGGCAAGUCUUCUACGACGCUUCUCUUGAAUACGUGUACAAAAUCCAAGAAGUUCAAGAAAAGAAGAAGUUUGAAUUUGUUGAACCGCUCCUGGCUUUCCUGCAGGGCCUGUUCACCUUCUACCACGAGGGCUAUGAGCUAGCAAAUGAGUUUGAGCCCUAUAAGCAGCAGCUGCAGUUCAAUUUGCAAAAUACGAGGAACAACUUUGAGAGCACAAGGCAGGAGGUGGAGAAGCUGAUGAAAAGGAUUCGGUCGGUGGAGCAGGACUACAAAGCCCCGGGACAGUGGACCAUGGAGGGCUUCCUCUGUGUCCAGGAAAAGCGCCCCCUAGGUUGCACAUGGACCCGCCACUACUGUACAUACGAUAAGGGAACCAAUACGUUCGCCAUGAGCAACACAGAAAAUAAGUCAGGGACCAAACAGAAUGGUCUGGUCAUGAGUCCACCUGAGAUGUUCAAGCUGAAGUCCUGCAUCCGGAGGAAGACGGACUCCAUCGACAAACGUUUCUGUUUUGACAUUGAGGUGGUGGAGAGAGAUACGAUCUAUCGUGGAACUCUUUUCAGACCUCUUCAAAUUUUCUGUAAAGUCCGGCACGGCAUCAUAACUCUCCAGGCCCUGUCAGAGUCCAACAGAAGGUUGUGGCUGGAGGCUAUGGAUGGCAAAGAGCCGAUAUACACCCUCCCAGCACUUCUGAGCAAGAAAGAAGAGAUGUUCCUGAAUGAGGCUGGGUUUAAUUUUGUGAAGAAAUGCAUUCACUUGGUUGAGGCAAGAGGAAUAAAUACCAUGGGACUAUAUCGAAUAGGAGGAGUUAACUCCAAAGUGCAGCGAUUAAUGACGUCAGCAUUCGGAUCCAAAGCUCCUGCAGAUAUGGAACUGGAUCCAGAUACUUGGGACAACAAGACCAUCACGAGCGGCCUGAAGAAUUAUCUCAGAUGUCUGUCUGAACCGCUGAUGACGUACAAGCUCCAUAAAGACUUCAUCGUAGCUGUCAAAUCCGAUGAUCAGAACUACAGAGUCCAAGCCGUUCACGCCCUCGUCCACAAGCUACCCGAUAAGAACAAGGAGAUGCUGGACAUUCUCAUUAAGCACCUGCUCAAGGUUUCUAAACACAGCCAGAUGAACCUUAUGACUGUCUCAAACUUGGGCGUAAUUUUCGGCCCCACACUGAUGCGAUCACAGGAGGAGACCGUCGCCGCCAUGAUGAACAUCAAGUUUCAGAACAUAGUGGUAGAGAUUCUGAUCGAGAACUAUGAGAAGAUCUUUCACCAAGCUCCCGACCCGAACGUGCCACUGCCGCAGCCUCAGUCCCGCUCCAGUUCCCGGCGGAGCAAAGCUAUCUGUUUGUCCACUGGGCCCAGGAAGCCAAGGAGCCUCUACACACCCACACUGUGCCUCGCUGAUGCUGACAGUGACACGUUUAGCAGCAGCCCCGCCAGUACCCCCAUGGGGAGCAUCGAGUCGCUGUCUUCUCACUCGUCGGAGCAGAACAGCUCCUCCAAGACGGGCUCCUCUUCGCAGCCCAAGGACAAAUCGACAGGCAGCCUGUGCUGGACGCCCUCGCAGGUCUCCUCCAACGGGCCCAAGAGCUCUACCUGCACCACCAGCCCCGAGUGCAGCUCCAGAGAAGACGCCGCCAAGACCGACUGGGAGUCCGAGGACACCCAGAGCGUGUCUUCAGUCACCACGGCGGACCGGUGCUCCCCUGCGCCAGACACACCCAAGAAAGCCACACCAAACGCAGCAGAACACAAGUCGGAUGAUGUGAACCUUAAAGCCUCGCCCUCACUCAGAUCAUUGCAUAUUUCAGAAGGCCAGAGAAGCUGUAGUGGUUCUCUGCAGAGUCUGGCAUCUCUGGACCAAAAGGACCCUCCAAAGCACCUGAACAACCCGGAAGUACCGCCAAAAAUGGCUGUGCAGUACAGAGCGGAAGCGUCCACUAGUAAUGGUUACCAGCGACCCGGAUCCGUAGUCGCUACCAGAGCAAUGCUCUUUGAAAAUACAGUGUCCUCACUGCCCGUUCCGGCCGGAAGGAAUGCGAAGGCAAUGUACUCGUGCAAGGCGGAGCACAGCCACGAGCUCAGCUUCCCGCAGGGGGCCGUUUUCACCAAUGUCUAUCCUUCCGUGGAACCCGGCUGGCUCCAAGCUACCUAUGAAGGCAAAACGGGGCUAAUACCUGAAAAUUACGUGGUCUAUCUGUAA